CGCGAAAUCAAAAUUUUCAGUUUCCCUCGCCUCUCUCACUCUCUCCUUGCUCAUUUCUCAGUUUUCUCCGAUCAUAUAUCGCAGUCGAUUUUCCGGUAAUCUUCUUAUCCUAGAGUCAGGGCUCUCCAACUUUAACCCGCGAGCUCCGAGAAAAGAUGAGCGAGUACAGAAGCUUCGGCAGUAACUAUCACCCAUCAAGUCAAUCUAGAAAGAUUUCCAUAGGUGUUAUGGCCGAUUCACAGCCAAAGAGAAACCCUGGGCCAGAUAAGGGUGAUGGAGAUGUUAUUGCUAGAGUCGAAAAGUUGAAAUCAGCCACAGUCACUGAUUUACAGGCGAACAAGAAAGUUAAAAGUGAUUUAGCUGCCAAGCAGAGGAGUUCAGCUAAGGGCACAGAACAUGCGACAUCACCAUGGAAGUUUCCGAGAUCUUCUUAUCGGAAAUUGGGGACUCUGGAGAGUGUUCUUUGUAAGCAAAUGCCUAGCUUGUCUGGUAGCAAAGGAUUAGACAAGGGGGUUAAUGGAGCUCAUCAGGCACCAACUCGUGACUUUCCCAUCUCUAGUCCUCAGCACAGUGAUGAUGAGCUGAACGGUGGCAGGAACCAUAAAGAGAUUGAUAGGAGUCCAGAGAGGAGGGAAGAACCUCCAUCUGCAGUCUCGCAGCAAAUGGUUGCGUCACAGAGAGAGGAGCUGGAUAAACCGGAGAAGGAUCAAAAUGGAGGUACUGAUGUUUUGAGAUCGAAACUGUGGGAAAUAUUGGGGAAAGCUUCGCCAGCGUAUAAUGAAGACGUGAACUCUGAGACCCCAGAAGUGGUUAAGACCAAUUUCAAGUUGAGUCAAGACAAGGGUUCAAAUAAUGAUCCUCUUAUCAAGCCUAGGCACAAUUCAGACUCUAUUGAAACUGAUUCUGAAAGCCCUGAGAAUGCAACCAGAAGGCCGGUAACUAGAUCUUUGUUGCAGAGGAGGGUAGGAGCUAAAGGUGUUCAGAAGAGAACUAAAGCUGGUGCCAACUUAGGUGGCAAAAGCGCAGAACAAGUAAAUAAUAUAUUCUCUUUUGAAGAAGGUUUGCACGGGAAAACUGGCACUGCUACGAAUACCAGUGUUAAGCCGAAGAAACAAAGGGGUAGGAGAAAAAACACUGCUGUUAAAUGCCGUAAGGUUCAGUCUUGUGAAAAGGAUGAAGCUGAUGGAAUUCGGAAGGUGAUGGGCAAGAGUAUAACUCCACCACGUUCUGAUAGCACGAGAUCUGGCAAAAGGUCUUCAUUAUCAGACAAAAAGGAAGCUUCCAUUGAGUUUAAUCAACAGAGCAAAGCCCGGAAACAGAAACCAGAUAAUGGCUCAAGGGAAGAAGAUUUUCAUCCAUCGCCAGAGGCUGAAACAGGAGCUACGCCAGAGAUGUUUCAUGGAUUAUCUAAAAACGGGGAUGAACAGGAGAGGCCUAGUAAAGUUGUCAGGGAAAAGUCUGUUGAGCCAGAAAACGAAUUCCAGAGUCCAACAUUUGGAUAUAAAGCACCGAUUUCAAGUCCUUCCCCAUGUUCGUCUCCUGAAGCAUCCCCUUUGCAUCCUAGGAAAAUUAGUCCCGCUUUUGAGGAGACUGACACACCAAUAUUUAGCUUCGGUACUAAGAAAACCUCUCAAGGGACAAAAGGCCAAGUUUCAGAUACCGAGAAGAGUUUGCCUGACUUCUUGGAGAAGAAAGGAGACUAUUGUUUCGGAGGAGACAGUUCUCCGGAGCCAGAUGAAGAUUUAGUUCUGUCAGAUCCGUCGUCUGAUGAGAAAGAUUCAGGUGGAUCAAGAGAGGAUUCCCCAGCGCUGGGCCAUUACAACAGUUCCGAAGAAAAAGAAACUGCUAAUUGGAGUAAUCAGAAACCUAAGCCAGGCUUUAGCUCAGCUAAACGAAACUCUAACCGCAAGGGCAAAGGACGUGUCGUGUUGAGUCCUACCUCAUCUUUGUCCAAAGGGAUCCAUAAAACAGAUUCCUUCCAGCAGUUUUCAGAGAUGGAUGACGAUGAAGGCUUGGGAAGGGCUAUUUCGUUGUUUGCUGUGGCUCUUCAAAACUUUGAGAAAAAGCUGAAAUCAGCAGCUAAAAAGAAGUCCUCGGAGAUUAUAGCAUCAGUCUCCGAGGAGAUACAUCAAGAGUUGGAGAAUGUCAAGUCUCACAUCGUCACCGAAGCGGGAAUGACGAGUAACCUAGCCAAAGCUAAGAGAAAGCAUGCUGAAACAAGAUUACAAGAGCAACAAGAGAAAAUGAGAAUGAUCCAUGAAAAGUACAAGGAUGAUGUUGGGCAACAUCUUGAAGAUUUCAAGAGUACUAUUGAAGGGCUUGAAGCAAACCAUGCGGAGUUGAAAGGAGCCAUAAAGAAGCAAAGAAUAUCACACCAGAAACUCAUCGCGCAUUUUGAAGGAGGCAUCGAGACAAAGCUUGACAAUGCGGCUAAAAGAAUCAAUUCUGUCAACGAGGCAAGACUUUCUGCAAGAGGCAAGAUGCGGCAGCUGAAGAUGAUUGUGGCAGAAUGUCUGAAGGAUGAUAUGUGUUAAAUUGAGCUCAAGUCUCGCAGAAUCAAUCACACAAAAAGCUGGCGGUGGAGAAGAGAAGUUGGUCAUAGAGAGUCACAAGGUUGUCUCUCUCUCAGUCUUUCACUAUCGCCCAUACAUUCUUGUCUUCGCCCAUACUAUACGAGGAACGCAAAUAAGUGUAAUUACCCUUAUGGCCUUUAUAUACCAAUUUUCCUUACAUUCCUUAUUAUUCCAUUAAUAUAUGAAACAACUCAACUACGAUAUUUAUAUAUA